AUGCUGCGGGUCCCCCAAGUGUCGUGUGAUAUCUCCGAGUUGCAAAACCAAGCGAGCAGAGAGCAAAGGGGCGAUAGAGAAAGACAGGGAGCGACAGACAAUAGGGGCCCCACACCCUCAGCACAAGCCAUGACGUCCCAAUCGCGAGAAGGGGCCCCGGGCGGAGGCGGCGGGGGGGGAGCGGUAGGGGGCGCGGCGGGCCUGGCGGAUGUCGACAUCGCGGGGGAAGUGGACCUUGAAGAUCCUCAGGGGCCAGGUGACGAAAGCAACAACGGCAGUAGUAGUUCCGCCGCAACAGCCGCAGGUGGCGAUUUGAGCACGGCGGCGAGUGCGGGGUUUGGUGCUGAUGCGGAGGCGGCGGGUGGAGGGAAGUCUUCGCCCAGGGGGGUCCGACAACGUCCCCCUGAAGGCAUGAUGGGGAAUCCGAUGGACGGCGUGGGGGAGGACGAGAGGCCGUACAACUACAUCUGCAACCUCGAUAAGGUUAACCUCGGCGGCCCGGGAUGGUUCAACGAUGUCUUCAAGAUAUCCGUCGAGGUAGACUCGGACCGAACAUGGAUGGACACGCUGUCGCUUUCCCUGGUGCCACGAAACGUUUUCCAACGGCACUGUCCGUUGCUUGAUACGUCGGAGAACAUCACGGGAACUGUCACCGUUACGGCGCCCACCUCGAAAAGGGUAUGGAUGUCCGGUAUAACGGUGACUUUUGAGGAGCACCUGAUGACGGUGGACAGCGAUACCGGGGAGCUUGUGGGAGCCUUGGAGGCGCAAGUAGCGACGGGUCAAUUCAUCAACGACAAGGCUGUGUUCAGCUUCAACCUGGACCUCGGUCUCCUAGACGGACACCGAAGGUGGCCGGUGCGAGAGACGUACGUGGGGGAUCUUAUGGCGCUGAGGCAUAGACUUAUGGUGUCGGCUCAGAGACCGUGGUAUACGUUCAACGUCUACUCGCAGCUCCCUCUGGCGAUGGAGUACUUGUCGAGUGCCCCUGACGAGGAUGCCGGCCAGGAGAACGAGGAAGGGGGGCCCAAUCACGUCCUUGUCAUCUCCGAUUGCAACGGUCGCUGCGAUUUCGAUUUCGGAGUGGACAGCUUCAACCUCGGCGAUGUCCUCCAAGGAACCGUCCGGUUCACGGAUGUCACUUCGCCCAUCGUCGCAGCGCACGUGAUGCUGCUUCGGGCGGAGUUCAUGUACGGGGAGGCGUCAGAGGUGCUGGUGGCCGAACACACCAUCCUCGGAGAGUGCAGAAAGGAAAAGGACCCGUUGUCAGCUGUGGGAUUGAGCGAGGAAGAGCAGGUCCGACGUCAGUUCAUGUCCCCCUACGUGGAGCAGAAGGACAUUCACUUCGUCCGAUCACAGGGAGAGGAGUGUCGAAUGGAGGCUGUGUUGGGCGAUGUGGACAUCGUGGUGGACGUCCCUCUUCAUGCCUUCCCACUCACGCCGUCUCACAUGUCUCUCACGCAGGACAUCGCAGCGGUCAACGACGAGGCCGAGCUCGUGGGGGUGCGCUACUACAUCAGGUUGAUCCUCGAGGACAGCACGCAGCAGGCCUACUGGCAUACGCACGAGAUUUUCUUUCACAGAUCGGAACCUUCCCCGUCAUCCCAGGGCCAAGGCGACGAUGACGUCAGCAGCACCGGCGGCGAGUACGACGUCGACGACCCCGAAGCUGGAUACCGGAGCAACGGUUCUUUCAACGGUCAACAGCAGGGCAACGGGGGGGGGGAUAGCGAGUCUCAGUCGCGAAGAGUGAGGCAACAAGAGGAAGAGGCGGCCGCUAAGGGUAACGAAGCAGCAGCAGCAGCAGCAGCAGCGGGGGCGGCUGGGGCACCAGCGGGAGGGGCGGUGGGGGUGGAGAGCAGCAUGGAGGAGGGGAACUCUGUGACGGCCCCGUCCUUGCCAGGCGGCGAGACUAGUCGAUAGGCGGCGGAACUGCUGUUCGAUAGGCGGCCAGACUGUGCGAUAGGCGGCCAGAUUGCUCGAUAGGCGGCGGAACUGCUUCCGUUCGAUAGGCGACGGGAGUGAUCGACAGGCGGUGAAGCUGUUCGUUUGGCGGCGGAACUGCUGUUCGAGAGGCGGCGGAACUGCAGUUCGAUAGGUGGCGGAACUGCUUUUCGAUUGGCGGCGGAUCUACCUCUGGAUCGACUGCGCCAGGGGCCUCGCUUCCCGAAAUGGAUUUUGCCUGGUGUACCGUAAUGCUUUUCAGCAGUGACGGAAUAAUGGAUUUUGACUGGCGUACGACAAUGCUUUUCAGCAGUGACCGUACGUUCCCGCCUAACACACCGGGCACUACGGAAUUCCCGUAGAUCUCGUACGUAAGGUAGCACCACCGCCUUUGGGCCGAGUUUGAAGGCUCGAUUGCUCCCCGACUACAAAUAAGAUGACGCCAAGACUGAAUGAAACGUUUUCGGAAAGCCCCUCGACGAGAUGGCUCCAACGCCAACAUUUUCAGGCACAUCACCGCGUUUUAUUUGCUGCGUAGUAGUUGUUCGAGCUUCGAAAAUCGGUCCAAAGGGGCGUGGGGUAUCUGAAGUAUAUUUGAUCUACGGUGUACCGGCCGGGUAACCGGCAAAAUUGUCAUGAUCGAUGUUUCCGCCGAAAACGCCGACGCUUUUCAACCGGCACCCUGCUGGGUGAUCACACUAUAACCACUUUGAGCGGGGUGCUGUUGCAUUCUGGGGUGGUA